GUAGCUAAGUAGCCUUUUCAACAGCUGUUUUAAUGGAGGUCUAGCUGUUUCUCAAAAUCUUUGUACAAAUACACGUUUUUUUUUUAAUCUUAUCCAAAUUUUAAGUAAAUGUAAAAAGUACUUCACAAAUAGUUUUUCAAAUUCGUUUUUAACCAAUAUGUCUGCAAAUUCAAAUUCACUAGAAAUCUCACCGAAUAGUACUUUAACUUUCACAAAAACCAACAAUAAGCAUGAAAUAACCAUCAAAAAUGUUGGCGAAAAGACAGUGACCUACAAGGUGCAAUGUACAGUGCAUGGCAAGUUCAAUAUAAAACCCCGCUGGGGAGUCCUCAGUCCCAAUGAGCACUCACAUGUCCUCAUAACCAUGUGCAAGGAUGUCGAGCUCUCGAGAAAGGGACGCGACAAGAUAGUGGUCGUUUGCAUGGUUUCACCCAUCAAUGCUGUGGACUUCGAGAUGACCGCCUCCUUCUGGCGUCACAAUAUCUGCUACGAUCCAAGUAUCGAGAAGCACCAACUCACCUGCCAUCAAAUGGAUGGGGCAGGCGAGGGCCAUGGCGACGGAGGCGACAAGGAUGCGGAGCCGGAGGAUCUAAGGUUUCGCCAGGGGUUAUUCCCAUCAUUUUGCAGUAUUCGCACUCCGAGCAAGUACUGGCGAUAGUUUUCGACCGGAGAUGGGAUGCGGCAUUUUCACCCUUCAGACCAACAGACUGGAGUGUCAAUUAUCCCGCCCGAGCAUUUUGCCCUAAUGGCUGCAAUGACUGAGUAAUUGGUUAGCAGCCCUACCUUGUCUUUCUGUGCGCCUCUAUCGGCCAACAUUGUUGAUGAUGAGCCUUCAUUAAAAACUAAGAGCGUGUCUAUCUCUCUGUGAGUUUGUGUGUUGCCAACAUCAAGUGGCUCGAAGGAUGCUCAUGCAUCCUGGCAACAUCGAGUGCGUUUACCCUCCACAUCUGGCUGAUAAAAAGGCGUAAAUUGCUGGCAUUUUAGGCGCGCGCCUGCUUCUUCCUUCACUCUCAAUUAGGCAAACGUUAACGAAGGCUCUUGAACUUUGAAUACUCCAAUCGAUUGACAUUCGCUUGGGUUCACCAGGUUGCAAGGCAAUUAACUCGCAGCGUUAAGCACGAAAUAAGGGAAACCAUAAGAAAGCAAUGCUGAACAGCCCAAGCAUUGGUCCAAAAUUAAAGUUGCAUAAAUCCGGCCAGCUUUGUGUAUCGAGGCACAAGGUUUAUGGGCUGAUAGAGGAGGCUUUUCAAAGGAAAUGAGAGCCAACGAACGAGAUAAAGACAUUUGGAAAUUCUUCGCAAAAGGCCAACAGCAUGAAAGGCACUCAGCCAGUAAAUUAGGUUCAUGUCUCAACUAUAGUUUUGACCCAAGUCCAAAACAAACAAUUCGAUGCCGUUGCCAAUGAUGAUGAUGAUGAUGGUAAUGUGGACUUGCGGGGGCGUUGCCAAAAACUGGGCACUUGUUCUGCUCGAGCUGUAUUGUUUUAGUGUUGUUUUUGGGGUGGCCAACAGCCCUGAACAAUGGAGUAAAUCAUAGCCAUGAAAUAUGUGCCAAGCGAGGAGACGAGUAGAAGACCACUACACCUGGCUAGCAAGCAAGCUGGCUAACUGGCUGACUGGCAGCUUGGUAAUAAUAAUGAAAAUACAAAAUAGCCCAGCUGUGGGACGGGCGAGUAUUCAUCGCUGGCUGAUGCCUUCACCUUGUGCAAUUGCAGUUUGUUUGCCCGAAUUUACGAGCCGGUACAAAAAGCAAACGUGACCGGUAGGGCAACAUACAAAUAUUUUCCUUUUGGCUAAAUAAAACACAAAAGGAAACACAUAGCGCACGCAAAAAAUAAAUAUAAAAAUGUAAUAAAAUUGCAGCUCAUGCGAGCGAUAAAACGUAACUUCCCCCGCGCUCGCACUUGGGAAAUCUCAG